AUGGCUGAUAACACAUUUAUAGCUGCUCCAUACCCAUACGACUACGACAUUCCUUCUGUAGGAUACCCCUUGUCAGACUUCACAAGUGAUGAUAGCAUUUACUAUCCACCUGACUAUACUCUUUCUUCUGUGCCAACCGCAGGAUCUCCUCUACGUUAUGCUUCAGCCUACCCCCUACCUCCUCCACUCACUGUACCAUAUUUUCUCCCUCAUUUUCGAGAAGGAUAUUCACCUGUAGAAUAUUCAGUGACUGAUAACCCAUUUACAGCUGCUCCAUACCCAUAUGGCUACGACACACCCAGCUCAGGUCCAGUAAGUUAUCCUGGAGAUUACUUUGUACCACAUCUGUACCCUGACAGCUUUCGGUAUCCGUUCGAUGGCACACUACCACCAUCUUUCCCUGAAACACACUUUCUAUCUCCGUUUCUUGAAAACCAAACGCCUGUAGAGCAUAUACUACCUGUUCACGCUACUGUGAAUGCUGAUACAUACCCAUCUGAGUACCACAUUCCUUUUCUGCCAACUGAAUCAUCUCAGUUAGGAUAUCCUGGAAACUACCACCCACCACUUUCGUCUCUUGUAACCCAUACUCCUACUUCUCUCUUCGAUGAGUAUGGGCCAAAAGAAAAUCUACCAGGUGGUUAUGCAUCUACGAGUACUCUGCCACACAUGACUGAAAAUGAAAUACUUCCUUAUCCAGCAGGGGCAUUUAAUUCAUUUGGGUAUCAAGGAAGCUAUUCUGAACAGCUCUUAUCGCCAGCAGAAAAUCUAAUACAACCGUCUGUAUUUACGGACUACCAGUUUCCGGUAUUUCCAGCCGCCGCAAGUUUACAAAACUUCAACUUUGCAACUAUUGAAAAGCCUCCACCUGAGACUCUUACUCCCUUUGACCAACCUGUACCUCUUACAUUAGAUCCACCUACGUUUACCCCACCAUUGCCACCUACAUCAGAUUUGCCACCAAUUUUAAAUGCACUGUACCCUCAAGAUUUUUCAGGGGUAGGGGUAACUCCCCUAUAUUCUGACAGGCUUAUGGCAAAUCCUCCAACCUACCCCACAAGUAGCAUAUUGUUGUCUACAGAUGACAGUAAACCGUGGACUGGACUUCCUUCCCCCUUUGGCCAAUUUAUACCUCCGGCAUCAUAUCCACCUAUGUUAACUCCAGCACUGCCGCUUCCUCCAUUUGGAGAAAACAGUUUCCCAACCCUUCUACCAAAAGAGUACUCGAUACCUGUUGAGAAUGAUUACUUACACAACACGAGCCCUCAAGGAACUAAUUCGAUGCAGUUCCUUCCAGCAACGUUCCCUUCUCCAUUCAGUGUUUCUCCUUUCUCAUCUACACUACCUGAGCCAUAUUUAGGUCUGCUACCUCCUAUAUCAGAUUUGCCACCAGUCUUAAAUGCACUCUAUCCUCAAUAUUUUUCAUCGGCAGAUCAAACUCCCCCAUAUUCUGAAAGGCUUAUGGUAAAUCCUACAACCUACCCCGCAGAAAGUACGUUGUUAUCAACAGAUACAAAGAUUGUAUCAGACGAGAACUUAUACACACCACCUUCUGAACCAUGUACAUCGGAAACUUACAAUACAGGAUGCCAUUCAUCACCACCUGUGGUACUAUUGUUGACUUGUGAUGGUCCUUCUACAGUGUUGUCAGAUGUUAUAAGUUUACUUGGAAAUCAAAGAUCCUGGAUUCUAUACCACCCAGGAACUCAAGACUUACCGCUAAAUACCCUUUUAGACUCGAAUCCCAGGUCAGAUUCCUUCCAAGAGCUACUGUUGAAGCCACUGGUAGAUACUCCACCAGAAACUCUGGUAUUCCCAAAUGUACAUUUAGAUUGGAGCUCACCUCCUGAAAUAUCCAAGUUCUCCCAGUCAUCGUCUGGAUCUUAUCCGUGGAAUGACAUUAUCUGA